AUGUCACUUCAAAUUCAAAAUGAUGAACGGGAUAGUUUAAUUAAUAAUGAUUGCUUAGACAGUAGGUCUAAUUAUGGUUCAAAUUUAUCACAUGUAUCUUCAGAAACAGACUUUCAUUGUCAUAGUUUAACAGUAUAUGAAAAUAAUACCAAUAAAAGAGCACAAAAAGUUUUAAUAAUUUCUCUUUUCAUCUGUACAACAUUUAUGGUAAUUGAAGUUGUUGGUGGUAUUUUAGCUCAGUCUCUUGCAAUUGUCACUGAUGCUGCUCAUUUGUUAACAGAUGUUGCCUCGAUGUUAAUAUCAUUAUUUUCAAUAUAUGUUGCAACGAGACCUAAAAGUAAAAAAAUGAGUUUUGGAUGGCAUCGUGCUGAAGUAAUUGGAGCGUUUGUUUCUGUUUUUAUGAUAUGGAUUGUUACUGCCAUUUUAGUAUAUUUAGCUAUCCAAAGAAUAAUAACACAUGAGUAUGAAGUUGAUGGAAAAAUAAUGUCUAUAACUGCUGGUAUUGGUGUUUUAGUUAAUAUUUUAAUGGGUGAAGCAUCACAUGUUCAUGAAGAUUCUUUAGAUAGUCAUUCACAUAAUAAAUCAAAUCAAAAUAUUAAUGUUAGAGCUGCAUUUGUUCAUGUUAUCGGUGAUUUAAUUCAAAGUAUUGGAGUUCUUGUAGCAGCUUUAAUAAUUCUCUACAAUCCAGAAUGGGCAAUUAUGGAUCCAAUAUGUACAUUGUUUUUUUCAUUUAUUGUUUUAUGUACUACUUUAUAUAUAACAAAAGAUGCAUUAGUAGUAUUAUUGGAAGGAAUUCCAUCACAAAUUGAUUUUAGUGUUGUUCUUAAUGAUUUAGGAUCAAUAAUUGGUGUUGUAAAAGUUCAUGAUCUUAGAAUUUGGUCUCUAACAAUGGAUAAAAUAGCAAUAUCAGUUCAUUUAGAAGUUGAAGAUCAUGCAGAUCAACAAGAAAUUCUUAAACAAACGACUAUUUUAUUAAAGAAAAAAUAUAAUGCUGUUGAAUGUACAGUACAAAUUGAGAAAUAUCAAGUUAAUAGUGUUGAUUGUCUACGAUGUGUCACACCAUAA